UUUUAUGUUGUGUUGUUGGCUUGACGAAGCAGAGUCAUUUGUUCCAGUGGUAUCAGUCGGAGAGAAGACAGUCUGUAAACUCAUCCAACAUGGCAGAAGACAGAGCCAGAGGACGUGUUGCUAAGGACAGCAGAACAGCAACCGACAGACCAGCAUGCACAGAGAACCUGACAGAGACGGAUGCUUUCAUCAAUAGCUCUUUAGGUUUGGAUCCCACGGAGGAGUACAAGAUGAACAACAAAAAAAGAGGUCUCGCACUCAUCUUUAACCAGGAGCGCUUCUUUUGGCGCCUGGGUUUAAAUGACAGGCAUGGAACAAACGCUGACCGCUACAGCUUAGAGAAAAGGCUGCAGGAUCUAAACUUUGAAGUGAAAACUUACGAAAACUACAAACAGGAAGAAGUGCUGGAAAGAAUCAAUGAAGCUGCAGAGGCCGACCACUCAGACGUAGACUGUUUUUUACUUGUUUUCCUGAGCCAUGGUGAAAACGAUCAUGUGUACACCUACGAUGGCAAGAUCAGCAUUCAGGACAUCACAUCCCUUUUCAAAGGAGACAGGUGCAGGAGCCUCGUAGGAAAGCCAAAGAUCUUCAUCUUACAGGCAUGCCGCGGGGACAAGCAUGAUGAUCCAGUGACUGCCUGCGACGCAGUGGACAGCGAGUUAAAGACAAACGAGGUGGUAGUGGACGCCAGCGCUGUGCACACCCUCCCUGCUGGGGCUGAUUUCAUCAUGUGCUACUCUGUGGCUGAAGGGUACUAUUCCCACAGGGAGACCAUCAACGGCUCCUGGUAUGUCCAGGAUCUGUGUGAGCUGCUUCAGAAGUACGGGGAGUCUCUUGAAUUCACAGAGUUGCUCACGCUGGUCAACAGGAAAGUAUCAAUGAGGAGCGUUGGCAAUAGUAGUGACAGAAGUUCCAUCGGGAAGAAACAAGUACCUUGCUUUGCGUCAAUGCUGACCAAGAAACUGUACUUUCGGCCAAAAAAGGAGUAGUUAAACCUUUUGAAAGAAAAAAUAAUAUCCCAAAACGAGCUGGUUUUAUGAUCAUUAUUGAUACAUUUUAAGAAAUUAUGAUUUUUCUGUCUAGUCCUUUCAUGUGUUUUUGCUUAUGAACAAUACUAUUCACAUAUGCAUUGAACAAUCAGGUAACUGGUAGCCGUUGGAAUUACAGAGGUUAUAAAAUAACAGGAGCAACUUAAUACCCAUGCACCCAAGAAAUAUGAAUAAUCCCACUCUCACACUAUUAAUUUAAUCCUGAAACUUCAACUCUUGUGAAAUCAUGGUUUCAGUUAUCAAAUAAAGCUUCUUCUGGAGAUAACCAGAUUCCCUGGCUGUGAUCAAAAACUGGACCAUGGCAUGACCUGGCUGAUGCAUCUGCUUUUUGCAUUUUCAGCACAGAGAAUGAACACAGGGAACAUUUCUGUGGCUGAUAUAAGGUGGAGGGUAGAGGAAAAACUAGUAAAACAUCAUACAUGAUCAGAUUUACUGGUUUGAUCCUGGUUUGACACGCUUAUGUCGUUUCUUGUGAUAAUGCAAAUAUCAAGUAGCCCUAAUAUAAUCCAAUACAUUAACAGCAGUGCAGUACAGGCGGGCUAAGAACAAAACUAAAACACCUACCUUACCAAACAAAACCCCAACCCUUUAAGGGAGAGGGUUAGAAAACAGUUGCCCGUUUGUACUAUCAUUCUUUUAUUCCCCUAAUAACCAAUUGGCACCAGAAGUCAAAGUGCGUCUGGAUGACUUUGUAUUCAAACUGGAAAUGGCUUAAAUGUGAAUUCUGCUAAUUUGUGUUGACUCAAAUCAAGACUAAUUAUUGGGCCCAACAUUUAUAUUUUUUUUGUAUCAGAUUGCAUUAUGAUUUAAGAAGUUCCUCUUAUUUUAUUACUGUUUUCAGAUCCUGUAGAGCCAUACACAUUUAGCGUUCUUAAAAACUCUACACUGCGCAAUAAUUAGGGAUCACACUCUGAAAUUCUCUUUUUUUUUCACAUUUAGCAUGCUUCCACUUUAAACUACUUCGAUACCAAACCUGCCUGAUACUGUCGCUGACUUGUUUCUUAAGAAGCCAAGUAGACUGUAGAAAUGGACAUCUCCAGCUUUCCACGUGAUGUUCAUUAUCUCUGAGGUUUGUGGAAUUAUCAAGUACUGUGAAUCUAGUUUUUUGGAAUGUAAUUUGCAGGAACAUCUGAAAUCCAGACAUUUACAUUCCUACUAAAUGUUUCUUGUGAGGCAGAAGGCAACUACAGAGAAGGGUCCAAUAUCUCUUUUAAGUGUUCAUGAUCAAGUCAUCAUUAAAGAUUAUCCAGGCACUAAAGACAUGCCGUUUGUCUUAAAGCUAACUCCACCAAAAGGGAAUUCAUGUUUGUGCUGUUCUUUGUGUCUCAGCCACAACACAUGAAUAUGAUAAAUGCAUAUUUGCACCAAAAAUGGCAACAAAAACCCAAGUGUGGAAAGUACCUCAGGGAGGAGGCGGGGUGUUUGUGAGCUGUACUCUGGAACUAAAACACUUCUAGCUUUGUCGCAUGAUCUAUGACUCAGGAAAAACCAAGAUAGCAGCAUACAUUGAUGAUCCUGUAUUUUUGUGGUCUAUCCUGUUGUGACUUUUCAAAAUAAAAAGUGUCCUUUUAUAUACUGUAA